AUGGGCGGAAAGAAAAUGGGAGAGAACGCCAAGAAGGCGGCGGGAAACGCGAGAAAAGCGGAAGCCGCAGCUCAGAAGAAGGCCGCCGAGGAGGCAAAGCGGAAAGCUGAAGAAGACAAGCUCUGGGAGCAGGGCACCAAGUCGAAUGCUAAGAAGGAAGCAGAAGCAGCAAAGAAAGCCGAAGCCGCCCGCAGGAAAGCCGAGCGAGACGCCCUCCUCGCCGCUGAAGAAGCCUCACUCCCCUCAAAAGCCAAAGGCGCGGGCGCAAAGACUGCACAGAAGAAGACGCGCGGCACGCUGGACCUGUCGCAGCUGGACGGUGAUCCUAGCAGCAAGAAGGCCCCGACGCUGAACGCCUCGGGUAUCGAAAACGCGCUCGACGCGCUCUCCCUCACGACAAGCCCCGACACGACCAAGGUCGACCGACACCCGGAGCGACGGUACAAGGCCGCCUACGCGGCGUACGAGGCUCGCCGUCUGCCCGAGAUCGAGAAGGAGCACCCGGGCCUGCGCAGGCAGCAGCGCAUCGAGAUAUGCAAGAAGGAGUUCGACAAGAGCCCCGAGAACCCGUUCAACCAGGUGCAUGUGGCGUAUGACGCGACGAAAGAGGAGGUCGCGCGGGUGAAGGAGGCGGAGAGGAAGAAGAUUGAGGCGCGGCGGGAGAAGAAGACGAUGACUACGAACGACUACGAUGACAAAAUGGGUUCAUCACCUACGACAUUGAACCAUACUCCUGGAGAUCUCGAAUACGCUGGGAUUGGUUCCUUAUCCAAAAGGAUAAAGGAUAAACGAAAAAGGCAAAAAUGA